CAUAUAGUUUGACAAGUAAGCGCGUUUGGGUUUUAGGAAGCAGGAACGCAGAAAUUUGUGAUGUAAAAAGAGAAUAAUAAAUGUUUGUUGAUAAUCAUGGCGAAUCCUAGGAAAUUUAGCGAAAAAAUUGCCCUCCAUAAUCAAAAGCAAGCUGAGGAGACGGCUGCCUUUGAAAAAAUUAUGCGUGAAGUUUCCGACGCAACCAAUAAGCCAGAGGAAGCGCCAUUAGUAUCACAAUACACAAUGUCCGGGGGCAGGAGUGGGGGUAUGUCACCCUCGCCCAGAUCCCCGGGUCAAAGAGGACGAGCCUCAUCAUCUGUUGGACCAAUGAGACGGCCAGCAGACCGCAAGCAUGACACUAGUCCAUAUGGUAGCAAUGUUUAUCUCAGUCCACCACCAGACAGCAACUGGCGCAGGACGAACAGUGACUCGGCAUUGCACCAGUCGUGUGGUGAGCAGCAAUCCACCGCGCCGCCACUCUCACCUCACCACCCCUUGCAUUCCCAUGCGCACCCGCAUAUGCCUCACCAGAAUCAUAGACGAGCUGCAAAUAUCCAUUUAGAUGUUCUAGCAACGUUUGGCAUGACUCCCUCGAAUCGUCCGAGAUCGUCGUGUGAAAUCCCACGAAUACCAAAUAAUAACAACGUCUACGAGAGCGGCGGGGACGGUGGGGGCGGAGGUGGAGGCGUCGGGGGCGGGGGCCUGGGGUGCGGCGAGCUGCAGGUGCCGGGGGGCUCGCUGCCCGACCUCACUUCCGUGCACUUCCCGCCGCCGCACUACCUUCCGUUGCGCACAUCGCCCGACUAUCACCACAGUGCGAGCCCCAGUUCCCCUGGAGCGGUGUCCCCUGGCGGGGGCAGUAUUUCUCCCGCCACGGGGGGCCUCUCGCCCGCCUCGGGCUCCCCCGUGGGGGCCACAGUGCCCCUCUCUAAUAUGCACCCACCGGACCACUCGUUAUACGACACGCAAAAUCACUUAUCUGUACCAAACACAAAUAAUUAUCUUCAUCAUAGUAAGAAUAUGUCCCCUUUGGAUCACAGCUGGCUCGUAUCGAGCUAUCAGCCUCAGUGCAGUCCGCCAUCACAAUAUUCUUCAACAUCGAAUAUCCCUUCACCAACGAUGGUCCACAGUCCCGGUAGUCCGGUAGAGUCACCGCAGACAGACUACAGCAACCUGCAUCAAGUGCUAUUACAACCCUUCGAGCAAAUCACGAUGCUCGAUCCACCGACGUCGAGUUACAACACGACGUAUAUUAAUCACAGCUCGCCUCAUUCACCUCAGACAACGAAUACGCAACACACAUAUUCAAGGUCGUCGACGUCACCGGGCAUCCACACGCAGACGCACACGUACCCGUCGUCGGGCGAGGGAAGGGCGCGGGACCCCGUGGCCGGGGGCUUCCCCCUCGCCUCCCCCUCGCCCGCCACCCCCGCCACGCCCGCCACGCCCGCCUCCAUCCCCGACAUCAUACUCACGGAUUACUCGGGUGAACUGGACGCGAGCAUAUUCGGCGGCGAGGAAGCCCAACUUCGGGCGGGCCUGGACCUGGACGACCUGUCCCUGCUGGAGGAACCCAGUGCUUUACUACCUGACUCUUCCGUGGAACACGAGUUCCGAAUGGACCGGAUCGACCGCAUGUUAUAAGUUCUUCAUUCUUGGCAUUUACAUCGUUCGAUGCAUUUAACAAUUUUGAAUCAAGUGCAAUUACGAUGGUAAUUACGUUUUUAUUUGUUUUUGUUUCAUGACAAUUUGUAUAGUUUCAAUGUGUUAGGAUCGCGUGCUCGGGUUUAGUUUGCUACUGAAGGAAACGGCUCGUAGAAAUUACGAGUGAUACGGGCGUAAAACUCGCGAUUGUGGUAUGACGCCGGUACUCAUCACACAUUCCCUAUAUAGUACUGACGGAACAGGUUUUCAGAUAGUCAAUUUGAGAGAAGUACAGGGAAAUUAUCAAACGGAAGUUUAUUUAUGUUAGACUUUCCGAUUUUUUCAAAUUACUAUUUUACAGGUUAAGUUUCAUUUCAUAUAAAAUAUAUUCUAUUUCAAACUGAAGUUUGAAGCAAAGUUAAAUUAUUUUGGAUCUGUUCCGAACGUAUUAAGAAUACGCGUAAGUGCGUACACGUACGCGGAUGUGUACGCGUACGUGCGUACGUGUAAGCGUGCGCGUACAUUUCAUUUUAGGGUGCAAGUAUUUUAAUGGGUUAGGUACUUCGAUAGACGUGUACUCGAAUAUCAUUUCGUGUAAAUAUUGAAGAUGUUCUACGAAAUUGCAUUUAAGCUGUCAUUUGUACUUUUUAUAUCUUUCAUCGUUAAGCCGUUGCUCAAACGAGUAUUUUCCCCAAUUCGCAAGAGAUGCAUGCUUCCUGAAUAUUGUCUUGUAUAUUUUCAUGUAAAUAUUGAGAUAAGCUUUUGUCGCAAACAUAUCUGUGUGUGGAACUUUGAGGUCAAUUUUACGAAUCGGUAUAUGGCCAAUUUACAAAUAUAUAGUACAUAGACUAGUGACGGAAUUUCAGGAAUGUGGGACAUUGUGCAUGUGAUUUUCGUUUGUUACCGUCAAAUCUUAAUUGCCAUUAUCAUCUGUAACGGUGGUAUCAAAAAAUUGAGCUAUUUUCUUAGAUAAGUCGUCAAUUCGCGUUGGAUGGGAUUAUAAUCAAAAAACAAAAUAAGCAACAUUACAAUUUUACGGUGGCAUACGAUACAUAAUUGUGACGUCACGUAUUGUCGUAACUAUGACAUCGGAGAGCGUUCAAGUAUUACGUCACACGAUUUUUAGAUAUUCUUGACCUCCCCCCCCCCCCCCAAAUAACGCGCCGUUACGUUUUUCUGUACCCAAUAGUGAAACGUUUCGUUACCACCCAGUGACCCAUUAAAAGUUCCCUAAAUCCCUAAAAGUAGUUCCCCCCCCCAAAUUCGUUACAUAAUACUUAACGCUCCCUAACAACGAAUUACCAUAUUUAAUUUUAAUUAUUGGACUUGGUAUCUGGAAUCGUUUACAAUAAUGUUUUUAUAAGAUAACCUCGAAAUACGAAAGUUACCAGUUUGCUCACAAAUAUUUAUUAAACACACACACACAAAUGAAACUUUAUGUACCUAUAUUCGGGUAUAACAUCACCAGAUUUUGCUGUACAAUAUAAAUGUACUACUGGUAAUUUCAAUAUAAACCCUUUUUACGGUCGCACUCUAAAGUUUCCGAUUAAAAUCUCUAAAGACAAAUGAAUAAUUAUUAAUUUAAUGAACGUGACAGAGACUUAGCUAAAAAUUACGUUAUCUUCCGAAUUUUUCAAUAAAAAAACUUUAAAAGGCGUAUAAAAAUACACUGAGUACUGCCGUACUUAACAAUUUCAUUACACUGGUUGUAAUUUGAUAUACAUUAGCGCUUGCAGUGUCCCAAAAUAGAUGUAUGUAUUGUUUCAAUGCUCAUUCUACGUUAAGAGUCUAGUCAUUACGACUUAAGAGUUUCAAUUUGACAUAAUAUUUGCCCGUUAUCCUACCGAUGUUGAUUUUCUGUUUAAUAUCUUGUUACUUUGCCCGGUUUGCAUACUUUACGAGUACGUAUUUACGAACGCGUACGUAUAUACGUACUCGUACAUACGUGUAUACGUCCGUACUUACAUACGCGUAUACGUACGUACUUACGAACACGUACGCGUACGUAGAGACGUACACAUGUUAGAAUAUAUUAAACAAGCCCGGCAUUGGUGGUAUGUAAAAUUUAUUAUAUAUUUAACGAAUAUCCAAAGAUGGUUAAUUUUUCAAAAUUUAUAAACUUAGUUCAAUUAAUUUUACAGUGUUGACAUAUGAAAAAUUUAAAUUUCCUCAAAGGUGAUAAAACUGUAUGACAGAUGCUUGUUUUAAUGUGAUAAAGGAGAAGCACAAUUAAUGCCUAAUCGGCUUUAUUACAUACACUACGAAAGAUAUAUAAAAUGUUAUGUUAAAUCAAGAAUUAUUUAAGAUUAUAUAUUUUAUUUGUUGGAAAAUGCCUUCCACGGCGUUUGUAUCGGACUUAGAUUCAAAAGUUUUAAGAGAGGGAAACCAAUAGAUUUAUUAACGUCUUCAACGAUCAGUCAUGUCGAUCAGAACUGUCACAAGGAUGAUUCAGAAUGUGGCUUUCAUGUGUCAAAAACGUAUUGACAUUUGACAUGCGAGAACGUUGCUCAAUCCCAAAUCUACGUUCAAGAGCUGUCAAAUCAUUUUUUCCAUUUUAACUUUGACAUACUAAUUGUGAUUUGAGACUUACAAGUAUGUCAAAAUCGAGGUAGGUAGACUCAUUUUCCGCAAUUAGACUCAAAUGGUCCGUUUUGCGUUAAGUCCUGGUUACUUUAGCCAGCCUAGCUCCUUCCAGAAGCACAGAAGUCUCCUGGGCACUUCACAGGCUUCACGGAGCGACACUGUUCCCAGGAUUUCCCUUCGUUGUUUAGCCACAGCCUCCCAUUCCAGGACUACGUGGGUGACUGAUUCCUCUGUGCUGACAGCCUCUGGGCUGAUGUCAAAAUCGAAUACGUUUUUGACGUUGCCAAUGCCUCAAAGACCGGUUACACACCGGAGCUAUGACUUAGCUUCAGAUGAGCCUUCUAUUUAGCCGUUCUAAUAGUCCGGGAGUGACAUUAAUAAGUCGCUCUGAUCCUUUACUUUAGAGAGUUUACCCAACAUAGCCACAGGCCACACCCUUGUAAGUAAGCAAAACUUAAUUUAACUUAAAUUAUAGUUCAUGUGUGUGAAAAAGUGAUUGCUGUUGACGUAAUCACGAAAUAAAAAAAUCAAAGACUCGCAAUCUCUCCCCCCUCUCCCUUGUAGUGAACAAUUUAAUAUUAAACAUUAUCUAUAUUGCAAGGGGGUCAAAAGAAUUUUAGAAAUGUUAAGGGGAUGGUACAAAAAUUCUUAGGUUGAGACAGUACUGAAGACGUACGUACGUAGUAAUAUUGGUUUCUCUAUCUUUUAUUACAAGGUUGUGAGAUCAACAAGACUUACUUUUUUACGCCAUACAACGAUCAGCGCGUGGAAAACAUUUUCUUCACGUCGUUUCUCGUCUUCACCUUUCGAAAUAAGUAUGUAAGUGAUGUGCUUUAACGCGAACACCAAAUGGAUGGGGCCUAAUGCUAUUGCAGUUUUGUUGCCAUGGUAACGGAUCGAAUUGUCGGUAGACUCGCUCGCUUAUUUGUGAUUGGUUUAGAAAUGGAUCGAUAAUAAGCGAUGCGAGUUAUGCAUAGACAAUUUCUUUAGUUUUUGGUACAAUUCCUAAUACAAACGAAAUUUUGAUUGCAGCGCGUUUGAUGAAAUACUAGUCGUCUCUUUUCAAUACAGCGUUAACACAAUGAGUUAGAAAGAGACAAGCAUACUUUUGUUACAAUAGUAUUUUUUAAUAAAACUGCAAAAGCAUGCAUAGGUCUUCGGCUAGGCGUAUUUUAUAUGACAUUAAAUUUAAGACAUAAAUGUUUUUUCUCAAAUAUGCACAAACUUAUUGAGGAAUUUUGCAGUAAAAUGUUUCAGUGGUUUGUUUUAUUAAAACCAAAUGUACAUAUUAUGUGUGAUAGAGAUGAAACGGUCUCAUUUAAAAAAAUAAAUUUUGUUGUAAGUA